AUGGCCUCCUGCCCUCGACGCUGCAGCUGUGACUCCCCCAGGACCAUCCAAUGUUACAGAGUGUCGGCCAUCCCAAGUAAUGUUCCUGCUACCAUUGGGAAGCUAUACAUCAGUCACAGCAAGAUCAGGCGCGUACAGUUUUUAGACUUCGGUGAGAUGACGAGCUUGCAGGAACUGGUGUUAUUUUCCUGUGGAAUAGAGACCAUUGAAAACAAUACGUUCAAAGCACUAAAUAACUUGAAGAUGUUGGAAGUAUGGAACAAUAAACUCACCAGUAUUCCCCAAUCACUUCCAUCAAAGCUGGAAGUCCUAAAAUUGGGUGAUAAUUCAAUUUGUUCAUUAAAUCUCCAAGACUUUGACGGUUUAACCAAACUCCGAAUUCUUGAAGUCCAGAACAACCUCCUCAGUACAUUAUCAUUUGAGGUCUUUUCUCCACUUAGUAACUUACAGACCCUUAUUCUGGAUGGUAAUGGUAUGCACACCAUAUCUGGAGUGUCUAGGCUUCUCAAUCUCAAAUACCUCAAUAUGGAGAACAACAAACUGAUGUUCUUCUAUGAAAACUUCUUCACACAUUUUCCAAGCUUACAAUAUCUCAGGGUAGCUGGAAACCAACUUAUUAGAGUUCCACCACAACUACCUAAAUCCCUACUGUCUUUGAGGUUAGAGAGAAAUUAUUUAAAAAGUGUCCGUGUCAGAGAGUUGAAGCAACUGGAAAAUCUUUUUGAUCUGAAUCUUUCUGGAAAUCAGUUGUUUUCAGUGGAUGGGCUACAGGUAGUUACCAAUCUGACAUCUUUAGAUCUGUCCAAGAACCAACUCUCAACUCUCCCUCAUAAACUACCAACUAAGUUACAGAGACUUGACUACAGCAAUAAUCAGAUUUCAAGAAUAACUGUGCAAGAUAUGAAAGGCUUGGCCAGCCUCAAACACCUCUUCCUGGAUAAUAACGGCAUGAUUGUAUUUGAAGACAAAGCACUUCAGGGAUGUGGUCACUUGUCCAACCUAGCUAUGGAGCAAAAUCUGCUAACAUCUAUCCCUCUGGGGCUUCCAGCUACUCUUACAAGGUUGGACCUCAAAGGAAACAAGAUAGAUCAUGUUGGAGUCCAUGAUGUUAAAGAAUUAAAGCAUCUUCAGGUUCUCAACCUUCGAAACAAUAAACUGACUUCCAUAGAUGAUAACGUUCUCGAAUCCCUGCCUCGCUUGAGACACCUCCACUUAGAUGGGAACCCCUGGAACUGCACCUGCAGUCUUCUUAAGGUCCGAAUAUUGCUACUGGAUAAAGGAACUGACAUAAAGGAAGGACAGUGUGCCGAGCCACCAUACUGCCGUGGGGAGAGGUGGAUGUCCUCUAAUACCAUGCUACGACAGUGUGAAACCUACUAUACUUUUGACAAAGGCAAAGAAAGUAAGAAAAAACUGAAGGUUUCUGAGGCAUCAAAUGGGAAACCUCACAUAGAUGAGGAUGAGGAUUAUGAUUAUGAUUCAGAAUACUGA